AUGAGAAGGAUCAUUCUCGAUAUCCCCACGCUCAUCAUUAUCAUCGUCUUCGCCUCCGAACUUGCCGGUGUCAGCUACGUCAUCGUCGUCGUCGAUGACGGUGGCAGCGACGGUAGGAGGAUCGGACAUCUCGUCGGCCUGUCAGUUAUUCACAGCAUAAAAACUAGCGCCUUCCUCGUCGCCUAA